AUGGAUCUUGCUUUCAACCUGCAGUCAGAUAGAGAAAAAGUCAAGUUUGUUCAGCUGGCUCCCGGCGAGUUCUUCUUCGUCUCCGUCAAGGUUGCCUUCUCCGUCGGGCUUCUCAUCGCGUUCCCCUAUGCCCUCUUUGAGGCCGCGCUCUACUUCGCACCCGCGCUGACGCGCUCCGAGCGAAACGUGGUGGGGCCGACGGUACUGGGGUCGGCCAUUCUUUUCUACAGUGGCGCCCUCUUCUCGUACUCGGUACUCAGCCCUGCUGCCCUUGGCUUUUUCUUGGGCUACUCCCAGGACGUCAUCGAAAGCCAGUUUUCCAUAGACCAGUACUUUGAGUUCAUUCUCAGUAUGGGUUUCGCCACCGGCAUCUCCUUUCAGGUUCCUGUCCUCCAGGUAGCCCUUGGCUUGCUGGGCGUCGUCACCUCUGAGAAGCUCUUCUCGAUCUGGCGCUACGUGAUUGUGGGCAGCGCUAUUGUCGGUGCUGUCCUGACUCCCUCCACAGAUCCUGUCACGCAGCUGCUGCUAUCCGGCGCACUGUGCGCGCUGUACUUUGCGGGUGGCGGUGUGCUGGCGGCUCUGGGUCGGUAG